AUGGAUCCCAAUAUUUAUGAGCAAGGCCUUCAAUCAGCAGAAGAGGAUGAGGAAUUUGAACGAGGCGAGGCACAACGUCGAAUAUGGAGGGUAGAAACAGUCCGUCGUUGGCGCCAAAGAAUCGCAACUGAGAGAGCAAGUUUGGCUCUUGAGUAUUUGCGAAGUGUUGUUGAGGAGGUAGUGUUGCAACGGGAUAGGAUCUAG